GCCUUACUUUCGUGCGCCGUUUGCACUUUGUACCCUCUCGCAGCACCUCCUCUCUUCCAAUCCCCGACACACUCUUUGUGUUAUAACCAAACCCUAACCCUAAUCUUAUCAGUGAGCAGAUGUUAUUGUUAAUUCAUUCACUGCAUUGGAACGAUCUAUUAGUUAUUCUUUAAUCGAAUGCGGGGACUGCAUUCUUCCGGUGCGUUGAUAUUCAGAGCUCCAAAAUUCGGGUCCAGCCAUGGAGGCGUUGAAGGACAAUUUAGAAGAGGUAGAUAUUGGGAGCUCCGUCGAUUCUUUUCAAAAGAUAUUGAAUUCACAGAAGGAUCUUUUCCACAGUCAGAUCGACCAGCUCCAGAGAAUUGUCGUCGCUCAAUGCAAGCUCACCGGCGUCAAUCCUCUCUCUCAAGAGAUGGCAGCUGGUGCCCUGUCAAUAAAUAUUGGAAAAAGACCAAGAGAUUUGAUAAAUCCGAAGGCUGUAAAUUAUAUGCAAGCAGUUUUCUCCAUAAAAGAUGCAAUUAGUAAGAAGGAGUCUCGUGAGAUAAAUGCUCAAUUUGGGGUUACAGUCACACAGGUACGGGAAUUUUUCACUAGCCAACGUUCAAGAGUGAGAAAAUUAGUAUGGCUAUCACGGGAGAAAGCCAUUAAGUCUGUUGCUGAUAAAAAACCUCAGGAUGGGGUCCCAGCAAGCUCAGAUUCUGAUCGCAUGAUGCCUAUUGAUCCAGUUCCUUUGAACAGUGUUGGCCCUGCCGCUAUAGAAGAAGCACCAUCUUCCUCAACACAAGAUAAUGCUCCACCUGACUUGAAUGACUCAGACAAACAUUUUGUUGAUAAUAUUUUUAAUAUGUUGCGAAAGGAGGAAACAUUUUCUGGGCAGGUGAAAAUGAUGGAAUGGAUUAUGCAGAUAAAAAAUCCUCCAGUAAUACAGUGGUUUUUAACUAAAGGUGGUUUGAUGAUUUUAGCAACAUGGUUGAGUCAAGCAGCUGCUGAAGAACAAACAAGCGUCCUUUUUGUCAGCCUCAAGGUUCUCGAUCAUCUGCCCCUACAUAAUGCUCUCCCUGAGCAUAUGUCGGCCAUACUUCAUAGUAUUAAUAGACUGCGAUUUUAUAGGACACCAGACAUAUCAAACAGGGCAAGGAUUUUAUUAGCAAAAUGGAGCAAGAUGUUUGCGAGAAGCCAAGCUAUGAAGAAACCUAAUGGCGUAAAAUCUUCUAGUGACAUGCAGAAGGAGAUACUGCUGAAGCAGAGUAUUGGCGAUAUUAUGAGCGAUGAAUUAUGGCAGCCAAACAUUGAUACACAUGAAAAUCUCCUUGGUCUCUCUCAUGAGAGUUCAGAAAAUUUAAGGAAAAUGGAGUCAUCCCAAGGAUUGAAACUAUUGCCAGCCUCAACAGAUGAUUCUAGUAGGAAGCACAUCCUAGGUGUACCUACAUCCCAUGCCAGAGAACGCAGAAAAGUUCAGAUGGUGGAACAACCAGGCCAUAAUAUGGCAGGCAGAAGCCCCCAGGCCACAAGAACUGCUCCUGUGAGUCAAGGUCGCCCAAUGUCUACUGAUGAUAUCCAAAAAGCAAAAUUGCGUGCUCAACAUAUGCAGAGCAAGUAUGGAAAAACUGUUCCCUCUUCUAAUGGAGGCAUUGGAAUGAAGUCCGAAGGUUUGAACAAUUCUUCAAACACUCCGGCUAAUAUUGUAGCUCUGGUAUCCAAAGUUCUUUUUCCAUCUAAAAGUGAAGAACAGAAGAAAACUAUGGUAUCUCCUCCAAAUAUUUCUGAUAAGCCCGAAGCUCCUGUUGAUCCUAAGCCAAAAAUGGAUUCGAAGGAGCUCAUGUGGGAGAAGUGUGCAAGGGUCCAGAUCCCAUGGCAGACACCACCAGAAAUUAAACUGAAUGACCUCUGGAGAGUUGGUGCUGGAGAGAAUAGCAAAGAGGUUGAUGUUCAGAAAAAUAGAAAUCAUAGGGAGAUGGAAAUCAUCUACCGAACUCUGCAGGAAAUACCAUCAAAUCCAAAGGGACCAUGGGACCUUGAGAUGGACUAUGAUGACUCCUUGACCCCCGAAAUCCCUAUUGAGCAGCCACCUGAGGUGGAUGCUGCAGAAACAGAUCAAUCCCAAAGUGAAAAUCUUGAUAACACAAUUGUAUCAACAUUGUCAGUAUCCCAAAAUACUAGUGGAAGUACUGCAGAGCCAGAUCUCGAGUUACUCGCUGUACUGCUCAAAAACCCGGAAUUGGUUUUUGCCUUAUCUUCUGGGCAAGCUGCUAAUUUAUCCAGUGAGGAAGUUGUGAAGCUGCUUGACCUGAUCAAGAAAGGUGGGGCUGGUCUAACAGGUGAUUUAAGCCCCUAUGCUGGGAAAGCAGAGGAGAAAGUUGAAGUUUCCCUUCCUUCACCAACUCCAUCAAGCAAUACAGGCAUGAGUGGAUGGAGACCAGAGGAUGUCAAGAACAGGUAUCCGCAGAAUGGUAAUACACUGGGAAACAGAGUUGCAUUUUCUCCUGCGUCAGUGGCAUCACUGUCUGAACAGGUUCAAGCCUCAUCGACUCAUUUCCCUUUGCCUCAGACAAAUAUAAUGUUUCAUGAAAAACAACACCCUUCUCUGGUUCCAUCUUCAUACCCCGGUCACUCGGCCAUGACUGAAACACAAAUCAUUGGUGCCUCGAUGCCAAACUACUCUGCUGCUGCUGGGCCUUCUUCUGUGCGGGUUGAAACCAUAAGCAAUGUUCAACCUGCAACUGUCUCUACAAUGAGGAGUUUUCAGGGGAUAGAACCAGUUUCAUAUCCGUCAGCAGUUUCCUCAUUGCCAUUUCCAGCACACUUACAAGCACAACCACAAUUGCACCACAUGUCUAAUCCACUCUACUCAACACAAAUAUACUCUAAUAGGACACCUUCUGGAAAUUUGGGUAUAGUUCCUGAUUCCUCGCGAGCCAGGCAGAGUUUACCCCUGAAUUUUGUUACUGAAGUGAAUCAAACUAAUUACAGUGAAUCGUUUGGAAGACAAGGGCAGCGGCCAUUAAGGGGGAGAGAGAAGUAUGUGGCUUCUGAUGGAUUUGAGUCUUGGAGCCCUGAGAAUAGUCCAAUGAGGUCAUCAGAUUAUAUGCAGGGAGAGAAUUAUCCUCCACCUAGAAUGAAUUCUGAUUGGAGUAAUAGGGUAGAUGAUAGGUCAAGACAACAUGGUUAUUCCGGUCACCAAGGGCAGAACAGCAAGGGGGAUGGAAGGUGGCGUGAUCAUCGGAGACGAUGAAAGUUCAUUGCUAAUUUGUAUUUUGGUUUGGGAUUGCUGGACUGGUUGGUUCUUUGGCCCUAGAUGGAGUGAUAUGCGAUUAGUUGUGGGAUGGAAUCCUGCGCUGUAUGUGGAUGGUGGAUACAUUGAGCCCGCCGCUAGGCAUUUUUGUGGAAUUGGAAAUGCUAUGAUAUUCAGUCUGUGACACAAACAUAGCAAUUGAGUUCAUAACAUUCAUUCCCUGUCUCUCUCCCCCUCUUUGUGGACAAUAUGCUUCAUUUUAUAUUGAAAUGAGGAAAACUAAAACUGGGAUAGAGAAGUUUAUUCUAAUAUUGGCAUAUCAUACAGUUUAUCCCAGUUUAUUAGGACCUGUUUCUGAUAUCAGAUCUUUGUCAAUGUUUUUGUUACUUAAUGGAAGCACAAGUAGGGUUUGCACUU